UUCUUCUUCUCGGCCUGGUCCGGCCGCGCUAUGCAAUUGCUAGGCUCCAAAUCGCCAAUUAUAUAAGCAGCGCCCCUUCCACCUUUCGAGACCUUUUGCCCCCUCCCCCACCUCUCGUUCCCUCCUUCCCACCUGCGGUCCUCCGCCCCACGCGCGCGCGCGGCCACGAGAUCUAGCUCGCUAGGGUUGGAUCCCUGCCGGCGAGGAUGAGCAGCCCCCAUGGCGGCCUCGACGACCAGAUCGAGCGGCUCAUGCAGUGCAAGCCCCUCCCCGAGGCCGAGGUUAGAGCACUCUGUGAGAAGGCUAAGGAGAUUUUGAUGGAGGAAAGCAACGUUCAGCCUGUAAAGAGCCCAGUUACAAUAUGUGGUGAUAUUCAUGGGCAGUUUCAUGAUCUCGCAGAACUAUUUCGAAUUGGUGGAAAGUGCCCAGAUACAAACUACUUGUUUAUGGGAGAUUAUGUAGAUCGUGGCUACUAUUCCGUCGAAACUGUCACGCUUUUGGUGUCUUUAAAAGUUCGUUAUCCUCAGCGAAUCACCAUUCUAAGAGGAAACCAUGAAAGCCGGCAGAUCACUCAAGUUUAUGGAUUCUAUGAUGAGUGCUUAAGGAAGUAUGGAAAUGCAACUGUAUGGAAAACCUUUACAGAUCUGUUUGACUACUUCCCCUUGACCGCAUUGGUUGAGUCAGAAAUAUUUUGCUUGCACGGUGGAUUAUCACCAUCCAUUGAGACACUCGAUAACAUACGUAACUUUGACCGCAUCCAAGAAGUUCCUCAUGAAGGGCCCAUGUGCGAUCUUCUGUGGUCUGACCCAGAUGAUCGAUGUGGUUGGGGUAUUUCUCCUAGAGGCGCUGGAUAUACCUUCGGACAGGAUAUAUCAGAGCAGUUCAACCAUACCAAUAACUUAAGACUUAUUGCUAGAGCUCACCAGUUGGUCAUGGAGGGAUUCAACUGGGCUCAUGAGCAAAAAGUGGUCACCAUAUUUAGUGCACCUAAUUAUUGCUACCGCUGUGGAAACAUGGCAUCAAUCUUGGAAGUUGAUGAUUGCAGGGAGCAUACUUUCAUCCAGUUUGAGCCGGCCCCAAGAAGGGGAGAGCCAGAUGUAACUCGUAGAACACCAGACUAUUUCCUGUGAUGCGAAAUUGGUGUCGAUCUCUGCACCAAAGGUUUAAUAGCUAGCUGAAGUUUCCUGGUUGCAGAUAAUCUUUUUGCUGAAAUCGCCUGUGUGCUAUUCUUAUUGUUUUUGCCCAUGACGCCUAUGGCUAUCGCGAGCCGCUUUGCUGCAGCGUGAUAUACAAGUGUAUACCUACAGCUGGAAGGAUUCGUCGUGUUCUCACCUAUCUCUAACUGAUUGAUGCUCUGCUUGGGGGCUGCAGUAGUAGUUUGUUAAAGCAUCAAGCAGCAUUUGUAUUAUGUGACAGGAAACUAUUUCCCCUUUGUAUUCAUUUUUUCCUUUCUCCUUCACACAUUUCAGCUAAUUUUCUUUCCAUGAUUCUUGUAGAGAUGAACAAUGUAGUUUGUAUGGUUCUGUGUCUGAGCCCUUAGGUCUUUCUGGAUCCAUCUUGAUUUGCCGUAUAGAAUACUUUGAAGAACUAGCAUUCUUUUCAGCUAGUAUGAUUUUUUUAUUUGCGAUGAAAUUGCAACUGGUAUGUUAAGCACA